GUAAAACUCCAAUUAAGUAGGCUAUUCACUGGGCUUCAAAAACUCAAUUAGACAAGUCUUUAGUUCGAUAAAAUCUAAAAAUGGGUAUCAAAGACAAGUGCAAGUCUUUCCUCUGCAAACAUAAGCCCACUGAGGCCCAAAAGACAGCCGCUGUUGCCUUUAUGCCAUCGGCUGGCUUCUUUGGACUGGCUGCUUUGUUGACUAUCGUUUAUUACACCGACUGGAAAAUAAUUGCCGGAUGGAUACCGCUUUACAAUACAAAAUUUCCAAAACCCGAGGACCCCAAGAAGGCCAAGAAAUGAUAGAAUCCAAUAAUUAUUUUUAGGACUUCCCCCAUGAUCGUGCCUUCCCUCGAAAUUGAUCAAAUAUAUGUUUAACUAUCUUCGGAUAGGAAAUUUU